GGACGACGAGACGAGCAAAAUAAAGUUGGUCAAUCGAAGGUUGUAUAGUGUCGAUCAUGGCAGCGACGCCGUCGCCGCUGCCGAGGUGGGCGCCCACGCCGAGCCCCACGAGGCCACUGAGGACGCCCGGCACUCCCAGCGCCGUCGCCGGCGCGGGCUCCAUGUCGUCAUGGCGCAGCUGUGUCCCGUCGAUCAAUUUCACUUCCGUCUUCGGAUCGGCUGCGCGGCGUGGCCUCGCCGGCGGGGAGUCACCGGCCCUGCCCCACGUCGUCGACCAGGAGUACGGUUACCGCGACGGCAGCAUUACUACUACUGCAACUGCCGACGACCGGCCGCCGCCACCGAAGGAGGAGAUGGCGAUGACCUCCAGCGUGUGCCGCCGCCGUGGGGUGUUCCUGACAUGGGACGAUCUGUGCGUGACGGCGCCGGCGGCUGCCGGCGGCAGGAAGAGCCGCGCCGUGAUACUCGACGGGCUCGCCGGGCACGCCUGCCCCGGCGAGGUGCUGGCUAUCAUGGGGCCUUCCGGCUGUGGAAAGACCACCUUGCUUGACGCCUUAGCUGGGAGGCUGAGCCCCAACAUGAAAAUGAGAGGAGACAUCCUGAUCAAUGGCCGGCGCGAGAAACUUGGCUUUGGAACAUCCGCUUACGUGACCCAAGAGAACAUGCUGAUGGCGACGCUGACGGUGACGGAGGCCGUGCGGUACUCGGCGCAGCUGCAGCUGCCGGAGUUCAUGGCGGUCGCCGAGAAGCGGGCCCGCGCCGACAGCGCCAUCCGGCAGAUGGGGCUCGCGGCGGUGGCCGGCGUCCGGAUCGGCGGCCGCGUGUGCAAGGGCAUCAGCGGCGGGCAGCGGAGGCGGGUGAGCAUCUGCGUCGAGCUGCUGGCGUCGCCGGCGCUGCUGUUCCUCGACGAGCCCACGAGCGGGCUCGACAGCGCCGCGUCGUACCACGUCAUGAGCCGCAUCGCCCGGAUCGCCAGGAGGGACCGGAUGACGGUCGUCGCCGCCGUGCACCAGCCGAGCACGGAGGUGUUCGAGCUGUUCCAUGGCCUCUGCCUGCUGGCUGGUGGGAAGACGGUGUAUUUUGGUCCGGCUUCAGAUGCAAUUGGGUUCUUCGAAGCUAAUGGCUUCCCAUGUCCCCUGAGGAUGAAUCCUUCUGAUCACUUCCUUAGGAUGAUUAACAAAGAUUUCGAGGAAUCUGAAGAUGGAUCUACCGUUAUAUCUUCGAGAGCUGCUGAAGUGAUCCAAACACUAAUAGGAUCUUUCAAAUCUCGUGGUAGCUUAGGGACUGGAAAUGAAGCGUGUCCAAUGAUUGAGAAGGGCACCACUAUAAUUCGUCAAAGGCAGGCAACAUUCUUGACGAAGACGUUUGUUCUAACCAAAAGAUCAUUUGUUAACAUGCACAGAGAUACAGGCUACUACUGGUUGCGUUUUGUUAUCUACAUUGCCAUUUGCUUAAGCAUUGGCACAAUUUUUUUCGAUGUUGGCUCCAACUUUGCAUCAAUCCAAGCAAGAGCUUCUAUGCUAAUGUUUACAUCAACCCUAUUGACAAUGAUGGCCAUCGGAGGAUUCCCAUCGUUUGUUGAAGAUAUGAAGAUAUUUCGCAAAGAACGGAUGAGCGGGCAUUACGGCGCAACAGAGUUCGUAAUAUCCAACACGCUCUCCUCAGUCCCAUACCUGGGCAUCAUCUCCAUAAUCCCAGGGGCAAUAGCCUACUACCUGACCGGGCUACAGAGAGGAGUAGACCACUUCAUCUACUUCGCCGCAGUUCUGUGGGCCUGCACGAUGCUGGUAGAAGGGCUGAUGAUGAUCGUCGCCGCCAUCGUGCCAGAUUUCCUGCUGGGGAUCAUCACCGGCUCCGGCGUGCAGGGGGUGCUGAUGCUCAACGCCGGCUUCUUCCGGUUGCCGAGUGAUCUGCCAAAGCCGGUUUGGAAGUACCCAACCUAUUUCAUCUCGUACCACAAGUAUGCGACCCAGGGCCUGUACAAGAAUGAGCUGCUAGGUUUGUCCUUUGAAGAUGCUGCUGGCGGCGGUGGACUCACGGUCAGUGGCGAGUACAUCCUGAAGAACUACUUGCAGGUGGAGUUAGGGUACUCUAAGUGGGUGGAUCUUGCGAUUUUAGUUGGGAUGAUCGUGAUUUACAGGGUGGUUUUCUUGGGUAUUAUAAAGAUUUCUGAGGUUGUGAAACCAAGGAUGUUUCACUUUCUCUGUGCUUCGAAGGUAUAACCAUGUGUGUAUUCUAGUUUUUAUUGACUACCAUAGUGCCUAUGCAACAUGUAUUAAUUGAUCCCUCUGAUGCAUAUGUACCUAUCUCUGAUUUAUGGUGAGGAUUAGAACUACAUGAUGUAUUACAGAAUCACUGAAAUUCUCAUUUUAUCCCUUGAAUAAAACCAUCUCGUCAUUGAUCAGUC